CCCACCGGCAAACCGUCAACAUGGCGCUGAGGAGGUUUUCGUCCUCAUGUUGUCGUUGGUUUUUACGUCAUCCAAGUUCUCCAAGUGCGACGCUUUCAGCUUUACUGCAAGCAGGUUGGAUCGGGUGGCGUGUGGGAGCUAAAAGGCAUCUGCUAUCAGAGGAUGUCGUCAGACUUGAAGAGUUCCAGCGAAGGAAGCUGGCAGUGGCUCACCUGAACGCUGGAACCGAUGGGAAUUUUAUCGACUUGUUCGGCCGCAAGCUCCGGAGGAACAGCCUGGUUCUGCGAGACGAGCUCAAGCUGCUGCUCCACUUGUGUCAGUCUGCGGAGGACAUGAAGACGGCCCGAGACGCCAUUUACAGGUACGGCGCCUUUCGCGUACUAUCCCACGGCGCUGCCCGUGAGGUCACGACGUCGCCGCCGUUCCCCAGGUACCACGCGGAAAACCGGAACGUGGCGCACGGGGAGUUCAAGUUUGGCCCCGUAUUCAUGAGACUGUGCUACGAGCUGGGACUGGAGAAGAUGGCCGCUGCUACGCUUACUGAUAAGGAAAUGAGAGGCUUUUUCGGCGACCCCACUUCCUUCAACAUCGCCAUAGACAUGCUGUUCGUCAAGGGCUGUCAUGAAGACGCCCUGGAGGUGUUGCGGUCCAUGAGGAGCCAAAAUGUUGCGUUCAACAAAGACACACUGAUGCUGGCCUCUGCUGUCUGCUAUAAACUGAACUCGACCGAGUCGCACGCAAUCUGCACGUCGCUCAUCGAGGAGGCGCAGGUCAAAGGUCAUUUUGUCUCCAGGCACGCUUACUGCUUUGCUGUGGCUUUAGCGCUCAAACAGAAUGACAUUGAAAAGGCGCAACUAUUGUUUUCGCAAAUCUUGAUUACAGACAGUCGACUGUGCCAAAACUUGAAGGUUUUGUUACUAGCGACGUCCGGAGCGGUGCAAGAAGCCGUCAUGAUCCUUUUUUCUGCGGCCAAACUCUCGAAAGGCCCGUCCUUUGUCAGGAAGCCGGAAUUUUCCCAAGAGGUGUUGGAUCAGCUGCGGGCGCGGGCCGAGGGCGGAGAGCGGGCGGCCGGAACCGAGCGGGUGCUUUCGCAGCUGGAGCGCGCCGGUCGGGUGACGCCGCUCACCCUGGACGACAUGCUGUGCCGCACGCCCGCCCCCAAAAGGAAAGCGGCGGCCAUGGCGGAGCAGAGGCCGAGCGGCAGGAGGACGCCGAAGCCGCUUCGCUCCGCGCUGCUGUCGGAGUGACUGAGCGCCGCUCGCCGCCGGGCGUCAAGUCGUCGAUCGGGAAAACGUGUUGAAUAGUAAAAAGAAACGCUUGAAAAUCUAAAAAUGUAUCAUUUUCUAUUCUUUUUUUGCGAGGUUGUACAGUCGUUGCAGUAGUGCUCAACAAAAUUGUGAAUAUCUAGAGCAAUAAAGAAAAUGGAUUCCUACUUUAUACAUUUACAUUUAUACCAGUGAUUCACAAACUUACUGGGACCGCAGGUGGCUUGCUAGCUCCCUCUAGUGGUAUGUGAGAAUCACUGCUUAGGUACGGCUCAUUUGUAUUUGAUGUUAAGUCAAUUUUGAGUCAACUGAUGGGCAAGUUAUUUUUUAUUUGAAUAUCAUUCAAGAACAGUUUUUUUCUUAGCCCUCUCCUUUAAUGCUCAUACUGCAGAAGGAUUCUGUUGCUUCGGGUAGUGUGUGUAUAUGUAUUUUAAUGUUCAUUAGUCACAACAGUAGUACUUGGAAAGAUAAGGAUGGUCACAACAGUAGUACUUGGAAAGAUAAGGAUUUUUUUUAGUUCGUAUUUGGCGUAAAAAGUGUGAGAACUACUAACAAAAAUAAAGACAAAAUUGCGUCUGAAAUAUAAUCAAAGAUCUGAUUGGUUAACAGGGCAAAAAUCCCGCCCACCUGCCCCU